AUGACGCUCACGAAGAACGGACGCCACAUCUUCAACGAAGUUCCACAUGGCUAUCCCAUUCCAGGCCGGACGACAAUAUACGACGGCAGCCAAUCCAUCGACCUCGAUAAUGUCCCAUUAAAUGGCGGUUUCUUGAUCAGGACCUUGGACUUGGCCGUCGACCCGUACUUGCGAAGCAUGAUGGACCAGGUCUCGAAUUCGCAUGUGACCCCCUUUCAACUCGGCGAACCCCUGAUUAAUUAUGGAAUCGGCCUCGUGUUGCGAUCAGAGUAUUCCGAGGCUCAGCCGGGAGACCACGUCUACGGGCUCAUACCGUUUCAGGAGUAUAGCGUGUUGAAAGACUUCGAGAAUCAGAUAGAGCGAAUGCGGGUGUUGAGAAACGAUGUCGGCCUACCGUGGUCGGUCUACGUCGGAGCGGCCGGGAUGCCAGGUCAGACUUCGUAUAUGGCGUGGAAGGCGUAUGCGAAGGCGAAACCGGGGGAUGUUGCUUUCAUCACCUCUGGAGCCGGUGAGUUCCCUGAUGGCUUUGAGGCUGCAUGGAGUCACUUACAAAGUUGCAGGAACCGUCGGAUCGGCAUGCGGAAUAGGCUCGUUAUACAACUGGCGAAGAGGGACGGGAUGAAGGUCAUCAGCUGCGCUUCGUCGGAAGAGAAGCUCCAGUACCUCUCGAGCCUGGGGGCCGACGUCACGUACAACUACAGAACAACAAGUGCGAGGGAAGUCCUCGAGAAAGAAGGACCCAUCGACAUAUACUGGGACAACGUAGGGGGGGAGACAUUAGAGGCCGCGCUGGACAACGCCUCGACUGGGGCACGAUUUCUAGAGUCGGGUAUGAUGUCAGGCUACAACGAGCAACACCUGCCGAUCAGAAAUCUCUUCAAGCUCAUAGGCAUGCAAGUCACGAUGCAGGGCUUUCUGGUCUGGUCCCUGGUCGAUCAGUACCGAGACGAAUUUUACCGGGAAUUCGUCCCGUUGCUGGCGAGCGGGGACAUAAAAUAUCGGGAAGAUAUAACACACGGGCUCGAGACUGUCGGUGAAGUCCUCCUGGAUGUCCAACGAGGGAAGAAUUUCGGGAAAGGUAUUAUACAUCUAGCAGAUGGAUAG